GCGUCAUUCAAUUCAUUCGCCGUGUUUGCGUUACAAACGUCAGGUGUGCCGUGCAAAAAUGUAUUGGCUAGUGUAUCUUAACUUUCUCAUAUUUUCCUUAGUCCUUUGUGAUGACCCUCCAUCACGUUUGGUGUAUUUGACUCAAGGCCCCGUCCGUGGAUAUAAGGACUUAGCUUUAGACGUUUUUGUAUUUUAUAGUAUACCUUACGCUAAAGCACCAACCGGCCAUGAAAAGUUUAAGGCGCCUCUCCCCCCACCAGUUUGGACGGAACCAUUUGAAGCUAUCGAUAAAGAUAUUGUAUGCCCGCAAAAUGAUGUAAUGACCAUGAUUGCUCAAACUAAAAUCGUUCAAGAAGAUUGCCUUAUUGCGAAUGUGUAUACGCCUGAAACAAAUGGGAAAAAGCUUCCAGUCCUAGUGCAUUUUCAUGGCGGAGCUUUUACUAUAGGAUGGGGUGAUAUCAAAACUGAUGGAAAUUAUAUAAAAAGUAAACAAAUAAUUCAAGUUACAUUUAACCAUAGAUUAGGAGCUCAUGGGUUCCUUUGUCUUGGUACAAAAGAUGUACCUGGUAAUGCUGGUAUGAAGGACCAAGUUGCAUUACUACGCUGGGUAAAGAAUAAUAUUGCAAACUUCGGUGGAAACCCUGAUGAGGUUACAAUAUCAGGCUAUAAUUCCGGUUCAUCUUCAGUAGAUCUAAUGUCAGUAUCAAAAAUGGCACAAGGUUUAUUUAAAAGAGUAAUCGCCGAAAGCGGUGUUAGUACUGCACCAUUUAGUGUUCAGAUUAAUCCUAUUGAAAAUGCUAAACGCUAUGCUGACCUCUUUAAAUUUGAAAGUGUAGAUAAUUUUGAUGAGUUAGAAUUUUUUUAUAAAAAUCUAUCUUACGUAGAAUUAAACUCAAAAAAUGUUUUGGCCAGGCCAGACUCUACCUUUUUGAUGUCUCCCUGUGUAGAACGCGAUUUGGGGGAAGAAAGAUUUCUAGAUGAUAGUCCAGUUAAUAUAAUAAAAUCUGGAAAUUAUGAAAAGCUUCCUAUGUUGUAUGGCUAUGGCGAAAUUCAAGGACAAUUACGAGUCCCGUUAUUAGAAUAUUGGGAAUAUUGGAUGAAUAUAAGGUUUUUAGAGUUUUUGCCGGCUGAUUUACAAUUUGAAAAUGAAACUGAAAAACGUCGGGUCGCAGAAGAAAUAAAAACCUUUUAUUUUGGUGAUAAAAUAAUAGGAAAAAAAACGACAAGAGAAUUUGUAGAAUAUUUUACAGAUGUCAUGUUCGCAUACCCAACACUGCGAUCAGCAAAAUUACAUGUAGAAUCUGGACACAAACAAAUAUAUCUAUAUAUGAUUUCGAAAAAUGUUUAUGAUAAUGCAGUAUUACCCAUUAAUGCGAGUGUUGCUGACCAAUGUUCUGAGACGAUCGGAGUUUUAAAAGAUUAUUGGGAAGAAACACUCAAGUAUAAAUAUGAUGUUGAAGAUCUUAAGACAAUAAAAGAUAUACUUAAGGAAACUUUGUUAAAUUUUGUAACCGAAGGUGAACCAAUUAUUCCCGGGUCUAAGUUAAGGACAUGGAAACCAGUGGGUAAGAAUUGGUCACCACAUUUGUAUAUAAGUAGAAUUUUUGAAUUAAGAAAAUCUUUGAUGAAGAAAAUAGCCUUAUUUUGGGAAAGAAUCUACGACAAGUAUUACGCGUACCCAAUAGCGCCUCCAGCUCCUCCACCAGAAAACAGCGAUUCUUAAGAAAAUAGGGAAGAGAUAUAAGAGGAGCAUGCAUAUGGUGGCUAAAUAUAUAAGUAUAUUUAGGCAUCACUUUAAUUAAAUUUCCUGUAACAAAUAUGUUUCUUAAUUUUUUUAGCUAUUUUUAUCAUCGGCUUACAUUAAUAAAAGGCAAGUUUUGUUUA